AUGUCACUGAGUGCCAGCUUAAGACUACGUCCUCCUGUCCUGUCGCUGGCUGACUGGGAGAAGAGGCUCCACCUGGCUACAACCUCCUUUCAGCACCCGCGCCGAGCCCGGCGGCGCUCAGCGCACCCACCGGCACCUGCCGGGCCGGGACACGGGCAAAGGCCUCGCCAUGGCCGGGCCGCCUCCGGCAGCGCCCCUGUGCCGUGUCCGGGCGGGGAGGCGGGGAAGGGGCCUGCCCGGGCCGUCACUCACGUUGCGGCGGAAGGAGAAGCCGGGCAGCAGCGGCAGCGCCAUGGCCGCCCCGACCCGCGAGGGCGCCGUUGCCUGGAUACGGCCCGUGACGUCAUGAGGGGUGUGACGUCACGGGGCGGGGAGCGGAGCGCGGGGGUCGUCCAGGUCCGAUCCAGCAGGGUUGGAGGGAUGGAGGGAUGGAGCGGGGCAGUGCCCGGCCGUCCUCCUCCUCAGGAACCGCGGCAGUGCGGGGGGAGCGGCAGGGAUGGGCCCAGAACGGGAGGGGGGCAGAGUCAGGUCCACCGGGACGGUGAAACUGGGUCAGUGGGUUUCCACCUUCUGGUUUCCCAGUGCUGCGUUGAGCAUCUGCAUUUGCAUUUAGUGCAGAAAGGGACAGUUCAUAGAGAAGAUGACAAGAUCAAAUCAGACUGAGCUGAGUGAUCCAGCGUGGUCUCGGCAUCAAAUUUUAAGCUGCCUGUGUUCAAGAAGAAAAGCUGCCUAUUAAAGAAAUGAGAAAUAAAGUGGUCCUGAUAGUCAA